AAACGGGUCAUGUGGUGGUGUAGAGGUUGGGUGAGAACGGAAAGUGUUUGCUUCAUUAUCAAGCAGGUAUAAUAGCCGCAAGGCUUAAGAGAGGGGUCAGGGUGAGAAGAAGUCGUAUAAAUGGCGAAAUCAGUCGAGUGAGCGUCUCCGACACGGCAACGACUGCAGCGCACUAUUUGUCACCAAUUGCCUUCUUCAUUGUACAACCAAUUCGCAAUCAUGGUUAACUAUGGCGCCAUGCUGCUGUUUGGUGUUGUAUCGUUAAUGAUUGGGUCGACCACGAGUGUACUGACGUGUCCUGGACAUGGUGGGAACCAAGCAACAGCAACGAAAGAACUACACCACGCCUCCGCCUUACUACGCAACGAAGUCAACAUACGCAACAUCUACUUACUACGCCGAGGCCCCCAAGUGCUACACCACCAAGUCUCAAGAGUUACGCGACAGAUUAUGCUGCCCCGAGUUACAACACCAAAGCGCCUCAGUACUACACCACUGAGUAUACUGUCCCAGCCUACUACACCGGAGUCCCCAAGUACUACACGACUACGAAUGCUGCCCAAGCCUACUACACCGAGGCUCCAGCUUAUUUCAAUGCCAAAGUGGUCGAGGCCACAUAUUACACAACCGCGUACACUGCCACAGUUUACUACACUGAGGAACCCAAGUAUUACUCUGCUCCAAGCUACUACAAAACUGAGGCUCUUGUUUACUACAUCAAGCCACCGAGUAUUACAACCUAAUGUUAACUAUGGCGUCGUGCUGCUGUUGGUUGUUGUAUCCUUGGUGGUUGGGUCAACCACUAGUGUACCUAUGUCUCGUGGGAAUGGUGGAUACCGUACCACAACGCCGCCGUCUUACUGCACGACAAACAUACGCAACAACCCGAUGCUACACCACCAAGGCCCCAGAGUAGUACACCACAACUUAUGAUGUCCUAAACUACUACACCGAAGCCCCAAAAAAUAACUCUGCCCCGAGUUACACCACCAAGGCAC